UUUCACAUGCCUCACCUAUCCCCUGUCGUGCUCUGCCCACAUGUGGCGUGGCGUGGCGUGGCUUCAACACCACGCUACAGUACAGUAUCGCAUCGCAUCUCCUUCGACGGCGGAGGACGCAUAUUGCAUCCCUCUGCUGAUACUGUAUGGCUGCUCUCCCAUCCCACAACAAUCUACUCGAAUCACCGCCUAGACGGAAUCAAUCCUCGACCAAUGCAGCAGCGUCCCCUGCAUCCACAUCCACAUCCAUAUCCCCAUCCCGUUGAUUCGUGGCCACACCUCACCUCUCUGUCGCUUCGUCAUGCCGUUAAAUAAUCAGGGAACCGAGCACAUGCAAAAUGCACCUCGAAAGCCAAGCUGUGCUGUGGCGCAUGAGCCGUCCAGAUUUCUUCCUGAUAAACUCGAGCCACCACCACCACCACCACCACCUUCUUGCUUCCCUCCUUCCCUCCUUCCCAAAUCCUCAAUCUUCUGACCUUCUGACCUUCUUGUACGACGAGAGCUGGAAAGAAAUAAAAGUAAGCACAGAAGAAACAUACCAAACCAAAUUAACCCUCACCCUAUGCCCCAUUCCUCCUCCACCACCACAACAACAACAACAACAACAACAACAGAAACCAAAAUGGCCCCCCAAGUAAACGGCGAAGCCCCCUCCUCCGCCUUCCUCCAC